AAGCCUCCUCUCGUCUUUUUCCAAACCCCAUAUUCACACCAUGGCCAAAAAAGUCCCCCCAAAAAUCUCCUCCCUAAUCUUGUUCAUUGUGUUUUUGAGUUUUCCGGGGACCUCCUCGCCACAAUCUACAACGCCGGGCCAAAGUGAAAUACUAUAUUUUUCUCCACUGCCACCUCUUCCUGUGUGUACCUACCCUUGUCUUCCCCCACCAAUACCAACCAACAAUUGCCCUCCACCGCCUGCUUCACCGGAACUGCCACAACCACCUCCAUUUCCAGUGCCUCUGCCACCAGGAACGUUACCGCCAUGGGUAUUUGCUGCUCCGCCUCCCCCAAACCCAAUACUACCGUAUUUUCCAUGGUACUAUAAGUAUCCUCCUCCCCCUCCGGACUUCUCCUCCGCAAUGUGCCUCAGGAGAACCAUGGUGAUGCUCUCAUGCAUUGUUUUGUCCGUGUUAUUUUCCUUGUCUUUGUAGGUACAGGAAUUAUAUAAACUUGUCUUUAAGAUAUUAUUAUGAACAAGUUGUUGUAGGAAUCAACCAUGGUCGUUAUU